AGAUCUGCUCGGUCAGCAAUGUAACAAUUUAUCGAAAUUUUCCUGUUAUUCGCGUGUUAAACUCUAAAAAUUAUAAAAAUCUGACAAUAUAAAACGUAAACGCAUAAAAAUCACGCAUAAAAACUCCUCAAAUAUAAGCAUGGAUAUCAAAAAACAGUCGACAAUUUUCAUCCUCAAUUUCUUCACGAAAUUCAGCACCGAAGCGAAACUCAAAACUGGCUUCGAGCGUUUCGGUCCAAUUGAGAGCGUUCACAUCUUGGAAACGCCCGAAAAGGAGAUUAUUGGUUAUGUCGAGUUCCGCAAGAAAGAUUCGGCAAUCCAGGCGAUUGACACGAUGGAUGGAAUGACACUGCCCAAUGGAAAAUCCAUGAAAUUGGGUUUCGUAAAGGAAUGCAACGACUCGAUCAACAAUCUGUACGUGAAAAAUGUGCCGGAAAGCAUCGACGAGAACGUGCUGGAGUCUCUGUUCAAGAAAUACGGCGAAAUUGUCUCAGCUACCAUCAUGCGAGAUGCCGGCGGAAAGUCUCGCGGCUUCGGAUUUGUGUGUUUCAAGAGCGAAGUUGACGCUGCUGUCGCCAAAAAAGACAUGAAUGGCUUCGAAAUUGGCGGCAAAAAGUUCGAUAUCAGUUUUGCGCAACGCAAGGAGAACCGCAUGGCGUAUUUGACGGCACAGAAAAAGGGAAUUUUGAAAUUUUCGGAGGAACGCAACAAAUUACCGCUCGAACAACGCAUCGUUCGUCGUCCCACGCAACUCGAGCUGCAAUCGUAUUGCAGUGUUCCGUGUUUGCAGCAAAUUCCGCCGCCCUACGGAAGUACAAAUGUGCUCGAAUGGCAGCGGCAUCAACGCAUGAUGUCGACAAGUGCUUGGAAGAUCCCGAUGAUGAGCGAAGUGGCGUCGCGUUUGAACAAUUCGCAGCGUUUCGUGCGUCAAAACAACAACCAAAAGUUGGAAAAUCAAAAUUCGCGCGCUUUUCGUUCGCAAGCUAAUCUCAGUGGCACGAAGGAAACCAAAAAGGAUGAAAAUAAACCGAAAUCCGCCGAAUCCAAGGGCAAGGAAGAGAAACCAAGCAACAUGACGGAACAAGACAAAAAGACACUUUUGCAGCAAUUGUUGUUGCCUCAAGUCAAACGCUUGUAUCCGCCUUAUGCGCAAGAAUUGAUGGAUCGCAUCAUGGAACGUGAAUACAAAGAUAUCUUCCGUUUGGCUAAAAAUCCACGUCUUUUGUCGAAAACUGCAAAUGCAGAAGUACAGAAGAUCAAACAAGCCAACAAUGGGGCAAAACGUUCAUCAAAGUAACUUUUUUUCGUUUUUCGUUAAUUUUAGUCUUGAAUUUGCCCGAACUUGAUUGUAUAAUUAAUUCUUUGAAAAUGUGUGUCACAUUCGACGACGAUAAAUAAAAAUUUGUGUAACUUUUCUUAUCUUUCAUGA